CCGUGUGUCAGAAGACCACCUAAGGGCCUACCUAAGUUCUGUGUCUGACAGCGCAUAUGUGUGCGCUUACAAAAUAGCUUAGCUUCGCCGAGGGAACAGUGCCGGCUCGGUAUUUUAGCAGUAGGCAUGUCGCCUGACAGCAGGUUCCGUCGAGAAUGCGUUCCCAUGAAAUCCUUCGCAACCCUUAUCAAGGUUGUUUCCGUCUGCUGCCUUUUGUCAACUGGGACACGUGGCGAGGGUUCGGUUGGGAGUCGCGAGCGUCCGUCAUUUCACGUGAAAUUCCCGCGAAAGCCGAAGAGCGAAGCUCGCGCUGCAGAAGCGAAUGAGUCUAUAGCGAAUCAAACGCUGACUCUUGGCGUGCUCACAGCAGAUGACUUGGCGCAAGGCCUGUCGAUACGAUCAGCCAUCCAGCUGGCGUAUGAAGAGGUGCUGGCGGACCCAUCUCUCUCUUUCCCCUAUCCAUUGAAGCUGGCGUUUGGAAACGCGGCCAGCACGCGGUUCCAGGCACAGGCCACAGCCCUGGAGGUGCUGCUCGACAACGCCCUGCUGCUGGUGGGGCCGCAGUUCUCCUCGCAGGCGCACAGCAUCAUCGACCUGUGCCGAGACUACCAGGUGCCCAUGCUGAGCUACUCGGCAACGGACCCCACGUUCUCGUCCAAGGGCCAGUUCCCGUUCUUUGUGCGCCUGAGCCACAGCGACCAGAUGGAGAUGGAGGUGGUGGCUGACCUGUUGGAGUACUACGACUGGCACCAGGCCAUCAUGAUCUUCUCAGACGACGAGUUUGGGCACAAUGGCAUGGACUCUCUGACCAACAUCCUCAUGGCCAAGUCCCAGCAGCUGCCGCUGCAGUUCUCCAACAAGGUGGCUCUGGACCCGCGCGCCUCCCAAGAGGGCAUCAAGCAGCUGCUGCGCGCCAUGCAGUCCUCCGAGACGUCCGUCUUCGUCGUCCACGUGGCCUCAACCAACGUGCUCUUCCUCUUCGAAGAAGCCCAGCGCAUGGGGCUGAUGAGCGAGGGGUACGUGUGGAUAUCAACGGAGGGCUCCAUCUCGCACCUCAUGGGGGCUGACGUCAACUCCACCUACCUCAGCACUCUCACUGGCAUGAUGGGCACGCGUGUGGCCAUCCGAGACAACCCGCGCCUGCAGGAGUUCAGGCGCAGUUGGAAGGCGCUGGACCCCAAGAAGUAUCCUGGUGCCGCCACUGACACUGUCUCCCCCUACGCGCUGCUAGGGUAUGAUGCUAUGUGGGUGGCGGCCCGUGCGCUCCACAACCUCUCCCACAUCCCAGGAGCCAGGUUCCCCUUCCGCCCGCCGCGCUCACCGCUGCCCUCUGAUGCGGGCGGCAGCACUGACUUCGCACGCCUCAACGUCAGCAGAGGUGGCAUCACGCUAUUGGAGGCACUUGCCAAGACUCAAAUGGAAGGAAUAAUUGGGAACAUUGCGUUUGACAAGAACCAUGACCGCGUUGGGGUGAGCUACGAGGUGGUCAAUCUGUUGGCGUCCAAAUUUGAGACCCUGGGCUACUGGGAGCAGGGCAAGGGCCUCGUGGCUCUCGAAUCGCAUGACUCGUCCAACUCCACCCUCAAGCCUGCUGUGUGGCCCGGCAACACCUCCAAGUUUCCUCGGGGCUGGUUACCAUCCAAAGGCAAGGCGUUACGCAUUGCAGUGCCCUUCGGCCCCGCCACCGUGGCACAGUACGUGAACCGCACUCCAGACGGCAACUUCACGGGCUUCUGUGUGGAGGUGUUUCAGCGAGCCAUGGCGCUGCUCCCGUACCCGGUGGGGUACUCGCUGGUGCCGUAUGACUUCCAGAGCAACUCAUACGAGGACCUCGUUCGGAGCGUGGCGGACAAGGAGUUUGACGGGGCGAUAGGGGACAUCACCGUCACAGCUGAUCGCGCCCAGACUGUGGACUUCACUCAGCCCUUCAUGGAGUCCGGCCUCGGGUUGGUGGUGCCCGUAUUGCAGGGCGACCCCACGAACCCCUGGGCGUUCCUGUACCCCUUCACAGCCAGCAUGUGGGCGCUCAUGAUAGCCUCCAUAUUCUUCACAGCCGCGGUCAUCUGGUACCUCGAGCACAACCAGAACCUUGAUUUCGGAGGGGGCCCUACCACCACCAGCUCACCACCAGCCUCUGGUUCGCAUUUGCCAGCAUGGUCCGCUCGCAAGAGCAGCACGUGGGCACAGUGUUGGGUCGCUUCGUGGUUAUCUCCUGGCUCUUUGUGGUUCUCAUCGUCACCUGCAGCUACACUGCCAAUCUUACCUCCAUCCUCACUGUUAACAACCUCACUCCUCCUGUACAGUCACUGGCGGCUGUGAUCACAUCCGGCUCCGUGGUGGGGUACCUCAAUGGAUCCUUCUCAGAGCAGCACCUCCUGGGCUUCGGAGUUCGCAGGAAGCAACUCCAGUCCUUGAACAGCGUGGACGAGUACGCAGAGGCCAUGCUGAAUGGCACGGUGGUGGGGGUGGUGGACGAGCGGCCGUUCCUCGACCUCAUUCUCUCGACGGACUGCGCAUUCACCACUGGGGAGGCGGACAUCUCCACCUUGGGAUGGGCGUUUGCCUUCCAAAAAGGGUCGAAUCUUGCCGUUGAUCUGAGCAAGGCCAUCGCUCAGCUCGGGGAAUCGGGAGUUCUGCGAUCCAUCCACGACAACUACGUGCCUAGCAACCUGACGUGCAGCGACCAGUCGAGUGGGGCGUCGUCGGAGAGCCUAGGCGUGGAGGGCUUUCAGAAUCUGUUCAUCGUGUAUGCCGUCAUGGCCACCUUCGCAUGCCUCAUGUAUCUCGCCGUGCUGCUCUACCGCGGCCACCUCGCCAAGCGGGAGCUGGAGGAGGAGGGGGAGGAAGCGAGUGGGGGGAUGUCUGCCAUGAAGGCGAAGCCAUGGAUGAACCCCAUCAAGCACAUCGCCUACCUCUAUAGCCUCGGAGUAGCGUGGAGCAUUGCUCGCAAUAUUGAAGUCGACGAGGACGAGACGUACUAUGAAGCAGACUCGCAGAUGUUUGAUAUGUAUGAUGACCAAUCAUCGUUCAACCAAUCAGAUUUCACGCUCGGGAACGACGACGACUCAAGGCGUGAUGAAUUUCGCUAGUCCGUUGCAGUUUUCAGUUUGCGUCCCCUGUUGUGGUGGUUGCUUAUUUAUUUCUUCUGCUGCUCGCAAUCGGCUAUGCCUGUUGAAAUUACUCCCAACUCGUUUGAUUGCAUACCGUAUUACCGUAUUCCCCCAGAUAUACGCACCGCCGGCUAAAACGCACCAUGGUGCGUAUAUCCAGAGCAGGGCCCACGAUUGGUUUUAAGGUACCCUGAUUGCUCAGUGUCGUACUAAAAAAAAAAACUUUUC